UGCGCUAUGCUUAUCCCAUGAACCUGUGCUGGAAAAAAUAUGUAAAAGAGCCCACUGUCGACCGAAUCACUACCUUACCCACAGCCGUAACUAACCCCGGAGUUGUGGCGUGCUAACUAGCAGUGGGUUGCCUAUUUUGCAGCUGCAGAUAUCUCGCUCGGACUGGCAUCUUCGGACAUGUUUACGUGACGUGCGCCGAGAACGCGCGGUGAGCGUUGUACAUGUAGCGCAGUGUAAAGAUUUCGAUGAACGAAGGUGAAAGUUAUUGUUGAAAAAAUAACCCUAAUUUCUCUCUAAUUUGUACUAACUUCUCACAAGCUGGGCUCUAUCGGGAAUAUGAAGAGGCGAACUGCCGACUGCGGCAGACCAAGACGUCCUGUGAAACGUACGAAGAUCACGGAGGGUAUUUACGGCAGUAGUACUUUCCUCUACCUGAAAUUUCUUGGAAUAUGGGGCUUUGUUCUGCUGCUUGAUUUUCUUCUGGAGUUCCGCUUUGAGUAUCUGUGGCCCGUCUGGCUCCUCCUGAGAAGCAUCUACGACUCCUACAAGUACCAAGGCCUGGCCUUUUCGGUGUUCUUCAUUUUCAUUGCCUUUACUUCGGACAUGAUUUGCCUGCUAUUCAUCCCGGUGCACUGGCUGUUCUUUGCAGCCAGUACCUAUGUGUGGGUCCAGUUUGUUUGGCAUACUGAUCGAGGCAUCUGUUUACCAACGGUAGCGUUAUGGUUGCUGUUUGUUUACAUUGAAGCGUCAGUGAGACUCAGAGGGUUAAGAUCAGUGGUUCCAUUUCAUCUGGAUCUAUGCAGGCCUUUCGCUGCUCACUGUAUUGGCUAUCCGGUAGUAACGCUAGGGUUCAACUUCAAAAGUUAUGUGAGCUAUCGUAUGAGGCUAAGGAAGCAGAAAGAAGUUCAAAAAGAGAAUGAUUUUUAUAUGCAGCUUCUGCAGCAGGCACUGCCACCAGAGCAACAAGCGGCCAAUGGGGUCGCAGUCACUCCUGCUGAAAAACCUGCUAAAGCUGUUAGUAAAAAGCCUGAUGAGCCUGUCGCGAACGGAGUUGCCGGUAAAAAGGAAUCACCGAGUAGCAAGCAACCAAAGAACCAUCCUGCGGGGGACGGAGGGGGAGGGGGUAACGAGAGAAGCAAUGUGACUAAAGACAGCCGCAAUAAACAUGUCGGAGCAAACAAUGCCAGUACGCAUGCCAAGUCCACGUCGACUUCUCAACAGGACGGCAAUUUCAUGGACACAAAGACUUGUCAACUCUCAUCCUCCUCCUCCUCCUCUUCUUCAACUUCAUCAUCAUCGUCGUCGACGACGAGCAAUCACUCCGUCAACGAGUUUGACAACAUGAAGGAAAAUCUUGCCAAUGAGCAGACGCAAGCCAAGAAUCUGAAGCAGAUUUCGGUUGGGUCGUCGACACGGCAGCGCAACCCUUCACCCGUGAUGAAAGAAAACAGUUCGUCGGGGCAGGGGAGUAAAAAGCCCAAGCCGCUGCCUUCCAAGCUAGAAAAUAAAGAUAAGGACACUAACGUGAAUGCAGAGCAAGCAAGAACGAUAAAUAGCAACAAUCAGCAAGUAAAAACGGAUCCUUCAAAGUAUACUAUAGCAAGGUUGGAGUCUGAUAUAAAGAAGCUGAAGGCUGACCUUCAAGCCAGCCGUCAGGUAGAGAGUGAUCUUAGAAACCAAGUCAACAGUCUUUUAGCUGAUGAACUGCAGGAUAAAGAGGUCUUGGAUCAGUAUAAAAAAGAUAAUGAAUCUCUUCAAAAUAGAUUGCAUAACCUGGUGACCCAGAAGCAGCAGGACAAGCAGAAUAUAAGUCAGCUUGAGAAGAAAGUGAAGCAGGAAAGGGAUGGUAGAACAUCCCUUGAGAACCUCCUCAAAGAAGAACGAAAGAAUAGAAAAGCUGAAGAAUCCUGUAGGCAAUAUUCUCAUGCUGGUGGUGUAGAUGAGUGCACAGAAAACUGUCGUAUGAGACGCCAAGACCAGGAAAGCGAGAUUCAGCAUUUAUUGAAAGAAACAAGAGACAAAGGGGAUAAAUUAAGGGAUUUAGAACAAAAGAUUGAGCUCCGGGAGCGUCAGGAAAUCCAGAGUAACAACGAGAGGCUGAUGAAUGCCCUGGUUGCCAUGCAAGACAAAACAGCUCAGCUGGAAAAUAGUCUUAGUGCAGAAACCAGACUUAAACUAGAUCUCUUCUCAGCUCUGGGUGAUACAAGGCGACAGGUUGAAAUUGCUCAUAGUCAAUUACAUCACAAGGAUGUUGAGAUUCGUGAGUUAAAGUCCACCAUAGCUGACCUGAUGGCCGUGAUGCCCAUGUCCAACUACCCCGCAUCCUCCAGCUCUGGCAGUGCAGUGGCCUCCCCGCGGUACUCGGUCAACUUCUGCAGCCCGCGCCAGCCACAGCCCGACGAGAGCACCCCUCCAACAGUGGUCACCAAGCCCAUGGCUGGGGUUUCCCCUCUCGUCCAGCAACAACCACCACAACCACCUCAGCCCCAACCGCAGCAGCGCUCCAACCCAGGGACACCUCCCCCUGGGGCGCAGUCGCAGGGUACUUCCCCCGCGAAGACAUCGGUGCUCGACCCAAACGCAGCCGUCUACAGACCUAAGAGUAAUUAGAGUAUAGAGAAAGGGAGAACAGAUUUAAAAAUACAGAAUUUUCUUGCCAAGGUGUUCUUUAGUCAUGUUGUGAUGCUUCAUUUUCGCUUGCUUAUCAAUGUCGGUGUUCAUUGUUUGUAACAUAGCUCACAUAGAUCACAGUCUACGGAAACCAUUUUACAUAAACACAUUGCAAAUGUGUGUUGCCUCAUGAAUCAUCCAAAAAUUCUAGAGUAUGCUGGUAUGGUCAUUUCCUACUUACCAUACCAAUUCAUCAUACAACAUUUAUUUCACCCAUUGGAUUUAAAAGUUUUCAGUAUACUACAACAGGGCUCUAUAGUGGUUACACUUCGUAAUUCUGAAGGUUCAUAAUUCCGAAGGCUCUUUCUUUGGAAGGUU